UUUGUAAGUAGGUAAUUUGAUUCACUAAGAAUGGGGAAGAAGGAAGUUAAACAAACAAUUUCUCAUAAUAUCUCUCAAUCUUCUAAUGCUGAAUUGCUGGGAAAGUCAUACAAAAAGACGAUUCUUUUUGAAGAUUCUUCAGAUGUUGAAGAAGAAGGAAACUUAAAAGUUAAGCCUCAGUUUGAAGGUGUUAAAGGACAGAAGCUUCUAGAACUACAGUCUCGAUUUGCAAGUGACAACAGAUUUGCAUUGGAUGAAAGGUUUUAUGAGAGUGAUGAAGAAGUUUGUGCUGAAGCAUCGGACAGUGUCCAAACUGCUAGAGUUGAAGAUGAGAGAAGGAGACAGUUUGAAAUAUUAAAAGAUGUCCUUGGUCAUCCGAUACCAAUUAAAGAGGACAAGAAAGACAAAUCAAAAAGGGUUCCAAUGCUCAGAUUUGAUCCUACAAAACCUGACCAUGCUAAAUUUGAGGAAAAAACCGAACCCAAAAUAAAGAGGAAGGUUCCUGAUAACUCAACAGACAAGGAACCAAAAGUAGUUUAUGAUACAAAAGAGGAAAAAAUACAAAAUGUUGCAGUUUCAAAGGAAAAUUUUUACAAAGUAGCAAAAUCUCUAAAGGAGACACUUCAGAAACGAGAUGAAAAAAAUGAGUUUAGGUAUAGAAUGAGCUUCUGUGCUCCAUGGAAACUAAAUAUCUUCCAAAGUCAUCAUUUUCAAUAUCGAAUUCCUCAACAGUCUCCAUUGUUUGUUUAUAUGAAGCAGUAUUGUUGUCAUCUUUAGCUGAACUCUUGUGUCAGAAAUGCGGACUACAAAUUUGGAAAGUACAACAAAUUUUAAGUCUAUUUUUGGUAGACCUAACAAGAAAUAUAAUAAUGUAAGCCUGUCAUUUUUCUUUCAUUUUGUUACAUAUGCACCAUACAGAAAUAUGUUCACAUAAAAAUAUUAGUUGGUAAGAUCUAACUUAUAUCAGUUCUCGUUUGGCCAUGUACCAUUUUCUGUACGAUUAGCUGUUUUUGAGGAAAAGAAACAUGAUAUUUUGUUUGAGCUUCAUAUAAAAUAGACGUUGUACUUUACAGCGUUAAAAUUAUAAUACAGAUUCUUACACCAAAUUUAAUUAAAAACCGUUCAGUACUUUUCGAGAGGAAACAUGCGCGCAAAGAGACACGACCUCCACAAUUACGGGCACCUUCUAUGGACUUUGUGCAAAGAGUGCUUAAGAAACAAACCCUAGACAAUGUCAGUGAACUUCUGCAUGCCAAUGGCUUGAUAGCUCUCGGCAGCAUCCUUAAAAGUAAAGCAGUCCUUUCUGUUCAGAUUGACAAUUGAACUGAGCAAUCCAUGUCUUUGUACAGGCUCAUUUCCUUCAUAGCGUCAUCAAAGACUAGAUCAAAACUAAAUCCAAGCUGCGCUUAGUUAACUGUCUUCAUUUUUUGUCUAGUGUGAUCUUCUGGAUUAUGACACCUCGUGUUCUUAAAGGUGGCUGCGAACGUUUCAGAGGAUCAUAUCACCUUUAUCUCCAGGGUUGAAGUAAAUUCUGUGUGGUGUAUAUGUAUUAAAUAUCUGAGUGUGGAGGUUCUCACAGCGGUGAAAUGUCUAUUGUGUUCUUCUGGUUUGUGAUGACAUGUAAUAUUAAGUGGUUACCACUGUUUCGGAAGAUCGUUUUGCUGCCAUCUACGGGAUUGAACCACUGACAACUGCACUGCAUCACACCCUAGAAGACGACAGUCGACAACUGUACCGCAGUGAGAAUAUAAUUAAUUUUUAUUCGGAAAAUCUAUAGGCCCUAAACUAUU